CCAGUGCUACAAAUAUUUAAAAUUAAAGUUAUGCCUGUACUUUAGCUUCCACACUGAAAGGUCAAGGUGAGGCUAGGCUUUCUUACGUCUUACCGCUUGCUUCCAAUGUAGACGGUCCUUUACGCUUCACUCCAGGCUACAGACCGGCCCACGGUGUAAAAAGAAAGGUAAGCCGUUGCGCACAGUGGCAGACGCGGAGGUUCUAAAGGCUGAUGGCAGAGAACAAUCCGUAAACGCUUAAGACUGUCUCAAUCGUAGACGUAGGGCAAGGCAGAGAGAAACGUAAGUCGUAUACAGUAGCUUUUCACGACUUCACGACAGAAUCGUUUCCGAUCGUCCGGUCGUGGCGCGGCGGCGCAAGCGAAUUAUAAAAUAAUUUUAUUUCCAACGUCUGCGCCUGCGCUCUUGCGCCGUGCCUUACGCCUCGGUGCGUAGACGAGGCUUUGGCUGAUGGCAGAGAACGAUCCGUAAACGCUUAAGACUGUCUCAGUCGUAGACGUAGGGCUAGGCAGAGAGGAACGUAAGUCGCGAAAGGCUAUUGUAUACGACUUACGUUUCUCUCUGCCUAGCCCUACGUCCACGACUACGUCAGUCUUAAGCGGAUACGUUCUCUGCCGUCAGCCUUCGUCGCGUCGUCGCCGCCGCGUUGCCGCGCUCGCUCGACGCGAGAGUAAAUAACAAGCGGAGCAAAAUGUGUACAUACCGACCGCCGCCGUCCGCUGUUGGCCGUGACCGCGAGAGCGAACCGCAGAGCGAAACCGCGAAAAAACACCGGGGGCCACUCGAACGUGCAAUGGCCGCGAAACACUCGGAGCGCGCGCCCCCUCGCGCCGCGCCGCGCCGCGCCCUCGGUAAUUCGCGUCGCAUGGAAUCAUGGUCGUGUCAUGGCGGCGCGCGUCUACUUGGCGGCGGUACGUCGCGCGCCUCGCGCCCGUGGAAGGAUCGUCGUACAGCGUCGCCGUCGAGGGGAUACGCGUCGGGCGGAGUCGCAAACGCGACGCGGUGGAGCUUGGUUCAGCAAGAGGACCGGGAAUUCUUCACCUCGUGUCCCGGCGCGACGCGAGACCCCGGACCGUGUCUACAGGGUCUACAGGUAAGUGCGGGAAGUCCAGAAGACAUUUCUUUAUGGCAAUGGAGUCUCGAUUUAUGACGGACCCAUAUAACGGCUUUGACAUGAUAAUUAGAGGCGUCGCCUAUUACGAGACACUCCUAAUAUGAGAUAGCGAGGUUUCGACACAUUCAAUUUUAUAAAUCUUUUUGCGCAACAAUUACAUGCGCGAUCUAAUGGAUUUUCCACUAAACAGACUCCGCUCCAAGGACAGUAAAUUCGUGGUGGAGCCAAUAGACAAUGCCUGUUAAUUUAAUAGAAGCCGCGCUAUCUC